CUCAUGGUAGGGUUGAACCCAUCCCAAGUGGCACCACAAAAGGUCGACACCAUCGGAAACUGACGCCAUGGGCUGCACUACAAGCAGUGCGGCAACCAACUUGGCCUCGUUGCCGCAGGGUCUGGCGGAGACUUUCGCAUCCUAUGAGAUCUUCGUGAAGGAGAACAAGGCCAAGUUACCCGUGCUGGGGAUGCUGAUGUUGGAUCAGAAAUCUGGAAAGAGAGAGAUGGGUGGUUUUGACCAUCCAGGCAGUUUCAGCUACCAGAUCAAGCAGCAGGUGGUGAAAGGAUUGACAUUGGAAGUCUGUCACGCGGGAAAGUUGACACCAGACCUGGAAAAAUCUUUCGUCGCAAGCAUUUCUGCCUUGGAAGCAGCAGGUGCAUCGGUGAUUUGUGGCGACACGGGUUUCAUGAUGUGGUUCCAAUCCCUGGCCCGGAAGAGCACCAAGCUCCCAGUGAUCCUCAGCUCCCUGGCCGUGCUGCCCUCCAUCACCUGCUCCUAUGGUGCACAUGAGAAGAUUGCAGUAUUGACAGCUGACAGUCAGCUCUUGAAACCCAUGGCCACGUUGAUCCACGACGAAUGUAGCGUCGACAUCAACGACCAGCGGUUCGUCUUUGUGGGUUGCGAAGAUAUCCCAGGUUUCCACCAGAUCUCCAGCGGGCAACACGAUGACGCCGCCAAAAUGGAGGCAGGACUCGUGGCGAAGGCGACCAAAGUCCUGGAAGAACAUCCUCAGGUUCGAGCAUUCCUACUGGAAAGCACCGAACUGCCUCGCUAUGCUAAAGCCUUGCGGAAAGCCACGUUCAGGCCAGUCUUUGAUGCGUUGAACCUGUGCGACUUCUACAUCACCAGUCAUUUGGAUAAUCCGCGUUUUGGCGUGAAGGAUUGGGAUGACGCAAAGCAGGGGAAGCGACCCGAGUUCAACUUUGGACAGCUCGUUUCAGGUGCCACCGAGAUUGUGAAACCGGUCUUAGAUACUUUGAAAGUCACGGACAUCGCCAUGCAAAUCUAUGAGACCUCGAAACAAGCGGCUGUGUCCAUGAUGGUCCGCAGCCAAAGGGCUGGUAUCACUUUGGGGGUGAUCCGCUUGGAUUAUCACUACCCUCCAGCACCAGGGGAUGUUGACCAUCCAGGCAGUUACCCCUAUGAGGUUCACUAUCAUAUGGUGAAGGGCCUGACCUUCGAGAUGUGCCAAGCCGGAAAGUUAACGCCCGAAGUUGAAACGGCCUUCUUGCAAGGAAUCAAAGAUCUGGAAGCUAAAGGCGUCUCUGUGAUUACCGGCGAUUGCGGCUUCAUGAUGUGGUUACAGGAGCUGGCUCGGCGCAAUACCAAGCUCCCAGUGAUCAUGUCUUCAUUGGCCACCUUACCCGCCAUCACGGCAUCCUACACCAGAGAUGAACAGGUGGCCAUUUUCACUGCCAACGGCCAGUCCUUGCUGGGUAUGGAGCAACUCAUCAAGGCGGAGUGCGGCGUGGAUGUGAAGGACAAGCGCUACAUCUUUGUGGGCUGUGAGGAAGUACCGGGCUUUGAAGCUGUGGCCCUGGGCCAAAAGGUGGAUGUGAGGAAGGUCACUCCUGGAAUCGUGAAGAAAGCGCAGGAAAUCUUAACGAAGCAUCCGCAGGUCCGGGCGAUCCUCAUGGAAUGCACCGAGCUGCCCCCCUACUCCGAUGCCGUGCGCCACGUCUGUGGUGUGCCUGUCUUUGACGCGAUCACGGCCUGUGAUUUUUAUAUCGCCAGUCAUGUGGAGCAUCCCAUGAUGAAAACAUGGAGCCAUGCCCCCCUCGGAUAAUAUAGUUAAAAACAGAGUUUCGAAUGAGGUUCAUCCUCCAAUAUUGGUUAAUAAUGGCUAGUGAAGAAUGGCAAAUAUGGGAGGGUGACCUUUGGGGCCCUUCAGAGCUUCCCUGAGCAGGGAGAUGCCCUGCAAUCCAGCGGGUUUUGAAUGCUGGUUACCAAUUCAUGUCGUCAAAAAAUGGGGUACACCUUUGAAAUGAGGC